GGUUGUGGAAGAAUUUGGUAACACUGCAAUGAAUAAUUCAUUCACUGUAUUUUGUUAGGUAUAAAAGGCAGAGAUUUCAGACAGGUUCAUAACAACACCCUUGUCUUGCUAGUCCCAAUAACAACAGGAAGUCCCGGGGAUCCCAAACUAUGUCAUGAGUACCCUUUUCAAGGUGAUUCACAUGUGUCAAGGGUAACAUAUGACCAUUGGUCCUGAGCCAUAAGUGGGUUACUAGAGCAGCAGCAACUGUGCCUAUUCAGCUCAGGUAAUACAUUUUUUUUAUUUUUUUAGUUGCUUUCUCGUGGUAUGUUGUGGAAGAUCCACACAGCAAACAGCAGCGACAUGGCGACCCAGGAAGUUCUUUGCUGACCUGCACUCCUAGGUUUACAUUGGCUGCUGUCUGUUGGACACGUUUGACACGAAAUCAAGACUUGAUCGCAACAGUACUAGCUCUGAGAAAACCCCCAUGCUUCGCUUUUUCACAGUAACUAGAACUAACUAAAUCAGUGCUAGUAACUAAAUAAACGCAUGUUCACAACAGGUAUUCUUUGACUGGAAUAAUUUUCUGCCUUCCAAUUCUGUUGUGAUUUAGUCGCCGAGCUGUGUGGACUUCUAGCUGUAGCUGUCUCACUGUUCCAUUUUCCAGCCCUGUGCGAUCUCCAAGAACUGCACAGCUUCUGUCUAGACAACGACCCUCUGAGAAAUCUCCCUCUGUGGCCUUACUUAGCUGUUGCAGUGACACCAAGACUGAUGAUGUCAGCCAUUUGCUAGACUGAUAGCCGUGCCUCUCGCAGCUCAGUUAGCCGAGGCAGGCUCUGAGAGUGGGGGCAGAGUCUUGGAGUUUUAUUCUGGGACGAGAUGCAUAUACACGCAGGCACACACACGCGCACACACACGCACACACAUGCACAGGUACACUCUGCAGGGAGGCUGGGCCUUGUGCUUUUUGUACAGCUGGUUUUUAAGCCUGUUUUCACUAAAAUCAAUGCGUUUUCCCUUUUUGACUUUAACAUAAAGCUUCAGUAGUUCAUUGGCCUGCAUGGACAUCUGCUGAGGGAGGAUGAGAGUCUUUCCCAUCCCAGGUGGUCCUUUUUCAUUAUCCAAAGUCUAAGCUUCUGGAAAUCUUUCCACAGUGGAGGUGUCAGUAUGCUGCUACAUUAUGCCAUAUAGAGCAGCGCAUGUCUGAUUUCCAUGGACUCUGGAACCUGCCUUACUGACUUCAGCAGUAAGUACCUGUGUUCAAUUUAGGGUGGAAUGAUCCAUGUCCUGUAAAUGCAUAUUUUUCUCAGAUUUCAUCAGCGGUUUCUUGAUACUGCUGGAGUGCUUGUAAACAGCACCUGAGAUUACAAAAACCUAUGUGUGGAAGAACAUCUCUUUGAAGGAAGCUGCCAUCUGAAUAUUGUGAAAACUCCAUCCAGGAAGGCAGGAGAGCAUAUUGCGCUUCUGUUGACUCUGGUGUGUAAUCUCUGCUUCUUAUGCACUCCAGCACCCCUAUCAGCUCCUUGUUCUCCUUCACCAGCCCUGCAGUGAAAAGGCUGCUGGGCUGGAAACAAGGAGAUGAAGAGGAAAAGUGGGCAGAAAAAGCUGUCGAUUCCUUGGUAAAGAAAUUGAAGAAGAAAAAAGGUGCCAUGGAAGAACUGGAAAGGGCUCUGAGCUGCCCUGGUCAGCCCAGUAAAUGUGUCACAAUCCCACGUUCCUUGGAUGGUCGGCUGCAGGUGUCUCACCGCAAGGGGCUCCCCCACGUCAUAUACUGCAGAGUGUGGCGCUGGCCUGAUUUACAGUCUCACCAUGAAUUGAAACCACUGGAAUGUUGUGAGUUCCCAUUUGGCUCAAAACAGAAAGAAGUGUGCAUUAACCCCUACCAUUAUCGGCGGGUGGAAACCCCAGUGCUACCUCCUGUACUAGUUCCAAGGCACAGUGAGUUUAACCCUCACCUCAGCCUCCUGGCCAAGUUCAGAAACACUUCUCUCCACAGCGAGCCACUGAUGCCACACAACGCCACCUACCCUGACUCUUUCCAGCAUCCUCCAUGCACCCCUUUUCCAUCCUCACCCAGCCACAUGUUCUCCCAGUCACCUAACAGCAUCAGCUACCCCAAUUCACCAGGAAGCUCCUCUGGACCAGGAAGUCCCUAUCAGUUCACAGUGGAAACUCCACCUCCACCUUACCAUGCCAGAGAAACUUCAGGAAACCAAAAUGGGCGGUCAAUGGAUGCAAUAGCUGAAAGUCAACUAGUGCUGUCUUUGCCCCAUGGAGGUAAAUCUGCCGAUGGAGAAACUGAAAACUUUCGCCCUGUUUGCUAUGAGGAACCCCAGCACUGGUGCUCAGUGGCCUACUAUGAACUCAACAAUCGGGUGGGGGAGACUUUCCAGGCUUCCUCUCGAAGUAUCCUUAUAGAUGGAUUUACAGACCCCUCAAAUAACAGAAACAGGUUCUGCCUAGGACUGCUCUCAAAUGUAAACCGCAACUCUACUAUAGAAAACACCAGGAGACACAUAGGAAAAGGUGUUCAUCUUUACUACGUCGGUGGAGAGGUUUACGCUGAAUGUGUGAGUGACAGCAGCAUUUUUGUGCAGAGCCGCAAUUGUAACUAUCAGCAUGGUUUCCACCCAGCCACUGUCUGCAAGAUCCCUAGUGGCUGCAGCCUCAAGAUCUUCAACAACCAGCUCUUUGCCCAGCUUCUUGCCCAGUCAGUCCAUCAUGGUUUUGAAGUGGUGUAUGAGCUGACCAAGAUGUGCACUAUUCGGAUGAGCUUUGUUAAAGGCUGGGGAGCAGAGUAUCAUCGCCAAGAUGUUACAAGCACACCCUGCUGGAUUGAGAUCCACCUGCACGGACCAUUGCAAUGGCUGGACAAGGUGCUGACACAGAUGGGCUCACCUCAUAACCCCAUCUCCUCAGUCUCUUAAGAAUCAUCUCUCGAACUCCCUUAGGACGGAUGCUAUUGCAGGCAGUGGCUUAUAGAAUUUCCAGUGAACAGAAGCUUCUAUAUGUAGAUGUAUGUACAUGUAAAUAUAUCUAUACAUAGUCUACUCUCCUAUUUUUUUCAUGCUAUGUUUUAUGGUUUCUAGCUACUCUGAUGCCAGUACAAUAAGUUUAGGAAUUCAGGAAUAGCAUAUCUGUUCUCCAGUACAAAAUAAGCCAAAUUCCUGCAAAAGUGUCGAACGUUUCCUGUGAGCGCCUUCACUUGCCAGCCAAGCCAGUAAAAGGUGGGAAUUCUCAGCACUUACGUGCGGAUUCAGAAACCUGGCUGUAGCUGUUCCUAGUAGGUGAAAUUCACCCUUCUGCAGACAACCAAAUUCAGAUCUCUGUACCACGUAUAUAUUUUACAACUUAAUUUCAGGUCUAAAAGAGAACCUUAAGUGAUGCACAGGACUUAUGUAUAAAGAUGACUUUUAUCCAGUGAAUUGAAGGACUAAACAGCAAUUCCAGUCUGUCUCCCUGCUGCAGAGCAUGAUGGGACAACAGAUCCUCUGAGGAGCUGAGACACCCCUGUCUCCCAUAGGAUUUGGCAGGAGGACAGAGCCCUCAGGAUGCAUUCAGCACUGGAGCCUUAUCAGAGCAUUUUGGACAAAUCUAAGUAGUCUGAUACUGUUGACACAGUAGCGUAUGGUACUGCUGCACUGAAAUACAACAAGCUCCUAAAAAAAAAAAGAAAAUCUGAAAUAUAUACAUAUGAUGUGUUUAAAAAUUAAUUAACUUCCAGUGCUUUUUUGCAAAGUACAUACAUACUUGCAUAUGUAUCUGGCAUGUAAAAUGAAUCCUAUCCAUUAUACAGUAUUGAUGUAGUUUGUUUUAAAGUUAGGACUAUCUGUAGUUAGACUACUGUGCUGAUACCAAGGGUACAUCUAAAAGGGACUUGAACUGUGAUUCAGAAAAGGGAAAGGAAGUGUGCAUUGAAGAACUGAAUAAUUAGUUUAUCAUCUAUCUUGUGAGAGUCUCUGUAUUGGGAACAGGGCAGAACAAGGAGCCCCACACUCAUAUGGUGCAAGCAGGAGGAGGUGGAAGUCAGUCAUGUCUAUGCUUUGAGCUGUACCAGUUCUGAGGAUCUGAGUGCAACAAUUGGGUUUGACGCAGAGGGGUUCCUGGCCAGUGACUUUGUACAUCCCCAUGGAUGGUUUCUCACCUUAGAUAGAUUUCAUCAUUUACAGUGUCUUUGCCUUGCGGGUAGAGGAUGGUGAGGCAGUGUAAGGCACAAACAAGUGAAGAAUGAACUGAUGCGCAAAACCUUUUUAAAAGCUCCUUGUCUGUGAUCCUCCUGUAAGCAGGAGAACCUUUUGCCCAUACUCUCAGCUGCAGAGCCAGCCUUACAAAAUGCUGUUCACCUGAAAACCUUCUCUGAGGGGACAGCUGAAACACCAUUAUAUGUUCAUGGUCUCUACACCUUGCUGAAAGAGUAGGGGAUUAUUUUUUUCCAGGAAUAGCAACCCAUUUAAAUUGUUGUGCUUUAAGGGCCAGAAAGAAUGACAACUUCUCAAAUCUCAGUCUUAGAACACACAAGAAAUAUACCCAGAAAAAAAAAUAUUUAACAGAAUGUUGUUUUCUUUUCUUCUCACACAAUAUCUGGUGCUACACAUUUUACUGCAUAAUUACAAGAGCAUAUCUGAAAUCUUCAGGUACAUCACAUAUGCUAACUAAAUACAACAUUCAUUGGAAAGACUUUUCAUGUCUUUCAGAAGCUACGUAAUACCUGUCAUGAGGUGGUAAUUAAAAACAGAGCAGAGGAAUCAGUAAACUAGCAGAGUUACUUCCCUUGUACACACCUUCAACUGCCUCCAGCACUGUUAGGACAGAGAAUCAUAAAUGAUCAUUAAAUUAGAGCAGUAAUGGAAAAUUUUGUAGGAAAUGUAUACACAUGACGAGUUCUAUUCUGUCACCAUUUGACAUCCGAAGUUUCACUGUGGGAUAGGAAAAGCUUUACAGCCUCCUGCCACAGUGAAAUCGGGUAGUAAUGUUACACAGAAAUUCCAGGCAUGCCAUUUACUGCUUAGCAGACUUGAGGGAUAUUGGUUUGGAAACAGACAUUUUCCUCCAUUCCCUCAGUGACACCUUACUGAUAUGUUGGUAAUGUGUUUUUUUUUUUUUUUAGAAUGUUGACUGUGCAUUUGCUUCAACAAUUUCUCAUAUGCUUUUCAUAUUACUUUUCCUUUUUCUUUCCUGGUAGCUGGAGACAGAGAAAACUGACCUCCCCUAUCCAGAUCUAGUUCUGUCCUUUAUCCUAGACUCUUCUUUGCCUUUUAGGCUUCAGCUAAGAGACAGAAACUGAAAGUUCCUUCCCUUCUGCUAUAGGAAGGAGCCUAAGGGUUGUUUUCAGACAUUUCUAAUAUUUUCAUCUUCUUCACAGAGAGCAAAGGUGUCCUCACAGGUGCACCAGCUCUUUGACAAAUCUAGAACUCAGUUUCUGGUUGUUGCUUCAGAGGAAAAAUCGACAGUCAGUGAAGCGAAAUAAGUAUUUCUAAUGCAUCUUUCAUUUCAUCAUAAGGUAGAUAAUUCAAUUAGGUAAAAUAUAUUGCCCUCUGAGCAUGCUUAUGUCUUCCCAACAACUAGAAGGGAAACUCAGGGUCACUAGCUCAGAUGUGGACUGCUACAUUGGACAUAUUCAAAAAUAGGUGAGAUGAGUCCUGGGAGAGAUGUAGUGGCGUUGACAACCUGGUAAUGAUGCUUGCACGGUAUGUAAGUGUUGUUUAAAUAGGAGAAGAUAGAUUCAGAGCAGCUUUUCGUUUUCUGUAUUUCUUCUCUUGUGGUAAUCCUCAUACAAAUAGCUCUUUUGGCUUAAAUGACUCCAUGCAUGCAUCUCAUUAAAGAUAGUCACCUUAGUUGCCUUUAAAAGUAAGUAAAGACAGGCAUUUCUGAAACGCGAUUCUUCUGACCUAGUGUGUACAUUAGGAUAAGAUGAUUCAUUCAACCAACUAUUUGCCGAAAGUUGGAUCAAAGCACCUAAUUCUGGGCAAUUAAAGCCAACAGCCAUCUUGGUGCUGUUAACCUGUAAGAGGGCUGUCAUCACUGUAUGGACUACCUCCAGUUUUGGUGGCUUCUGUAGGCUUUAGUCUCACCAGGCCAGCACCAUUUUAUGAGCACCAUGCAUCAGCAGGCAGAGUUUGACCAGCCAGUGGCCUAAAGCACAUUUCAUCUUGGUACUCAGAUCACUUGUUUUCUUAUUAAGCAGUCUAGAGUAGACGAUUGCUUAAUUGUUGCCAGUUCUUCAGCAGCAGCAGUGUUAAUGUGUCAUUUGCAUCCAGAGGUGACUGAAGCAAGUCUGGUACACUGCCCGAAGCCAUUCAGUGGUACUGUUGCUCUGACUGCUCAGAGCAUGGGACUGCUCAGAGGUUAUGGGACUGCUCAGUCCCAUAAUCUCAUACUGUAGUAGACAACCAGGUAUGUUAUAGCAAUGACUGUAGCAUUUUUGUGUGUUAGUGGAGCAUGUGUUUUGCCUCCCCAUCAAACCCUUCCUCAUAGACAACCCACCUAGCUAUGCCUGACAGUGUUUUUACCCACAGCAUGUCCAGGUAGGCCCGUGUGCUUUGAAGACAAAGAUUCAGCUGAGUUUUCACAAGAAGAGAAGAGCUCUUACGUAUCAGCAAUAUGAAGGGGAACUAUGGCCCCAAGUAACGUCAACGGGUGUCAAGGAAAUUCCUUCAGUGUCUCGAGCAGGUGUACUAAAUCAAGACUGUCAAGGCCCCCAGCAGCCCUCUCUAAGUACUUCCUGCUUUGAGUAGGGCAUCAGACUAGAUGCCCUCCAGAGGUCCCUUUCGACUUACAUUAUUCUAUGGUUCUACACAGAGAUUCAAUAAUAACAGGUUGCCACAGGCAGGAGCUGUCUAUUAGUAGAGACAGUUUCAGGCUGAAACAUAAACAUCCUCAGCUAUUUCUACAUGAGUUCAGUGCAGGGUAGAGUUACUAGAUACUAGUAUUCUCUCAGGAUAAAAUCAGCACUGUAAACAUCUCUCACUGUAAACAUCAUCUCCACUGCCCAACUCUUAAAAUGGAGAAAGUCAGGGAUUUGUGACUGUAGCUUUAUCUGAUCUGCCUUCGUUCUUCCUGGCAUGAAACACUCAUCUUUUUGUCUUUAAGCUCAGAAAUUCUCACCAGUGACUACUGAGGUUUAAAAGCCCCUGGAUUUACAGAGGCAACUAAGGCAGAGACUCCAUCUGCUUCUUGGUUGGCUAAAAUCAUUUAUAAAGAAGCUUGAUGAAAUGUAGUGGACUUUGGAGGGUCUCAAGCCAAUUUUCUUGGCUUAUUAGGGACUUCCCUGCUGCAGUUAUAGCUUUCAAGAGUGCUUGAGCGCUACAUGGUCAAGCCAAUGCAGGAAGGAAACAUUACAUCCUAUUUACUAUUCACCUCUCCUCCCAACGUCACAUAACCUAGCUUAGUAAAACCAGAAACAGACACAAUAAUGAAAGAUUAGUAGGUCAUAGGGUAAAUUAAUUAAAUAUAAUUUUCAAAGUUGAGAAGUGCUGCCCAGAAUAUAGAUUUAUACCAACAAUUAGAAAGGUACUGAAUAUGACCUGUGGUCUCCAAGGAAAAGGAAAGCGCUCCUUGCUUUGGAGGACCCUGGGAAACAGGCUACUACUUGAACAUCUGAACCCAAGCCCUUAUGGGUGAGUGGAAAGUCCGCUGAAGGGGUUUAGAAGGUUUUACAGAGGACUUACAGUUCACAGUUGGUUUUUUUAGCCACAGAUGUACUGACAGGGUGAAGGGACGGAGGAGAGGGGGAACAUGACUAGAUAUGCUCAGCUGUCAACCCUGGAAGUAUCAAGGCAAAAUGUGCUUAGGCAACCAUUGUGCUCCCUGCUGUUUGUUACAGUCGCACCUAAACAAAUCUUCAGGACCUGUUUCAGGAGCAGCUUGGAGUGUCAUAUGCCUUGAUCUGGUGCUUCCUAUUCGUACUGCCUGGCUGAGGGUGCCAGCCACCUGAUAAGCCAUGAGGCGUGUUAAGGCAAAUGGUGUCCCACGUGAUCCAAGCAGUAGACUCUGAUUGCAUCUGGGAGUGUCUUGCAAGAUCACUCUCUGCCUCGCCACAGGACUGAUGCUGAGUUCAGCUUUGGGCAUCCAUUCAAGGGCAGUGCAAGCAUUCCCAGUGCAUGUUCCCUAAAUACAAUUGCAGUCAGGCCAGCAACUGCAUGACUAAAGGACAUAUAUUAUAUAGCGGCUACCUGGGAAUUGCAAAAAAGCAACCCACUUCCUGCAUAGGUGGGAGAAUCUAGUGCCCUGAAUCAUACGGAAUCAGCAGAAGCCCUCACAGCCCAAGAAAGCUGGGUCUCUUACCUACGGAAUAACAUUUAAAACAAGAACUAAGAAUGGCAAGUGUCCCUCCCUGAGAGUCUGGAAGAGGUUAGAGACCCAUCAGGCAAGAAUGAGCCUAGCAGAGGUCCCAUCUUGCAGGAGGGGGAGAGAUUAUAUGAGUCUUUAAAUCUGUGAACAAAAUGCUUCUCAAUUUGGAGGUUUCAUUGCAAUCACUGAAAGAGGGCUUCUUCCUGACUGCUGCUCCAGGAGUCAUUUGCUCUAUACCCUGCGUGGGCAAUAAGUCUUUGUUCAGCAGAGAGAAAUUGCCUUGUGUCUCUAGUGCAGAUAGACUCUGCGUGUCAUGCACCAGCACAGCCUUUAGUUUGUAUCGAUCAUCUACUCACAGGAAGCUCCAGGGUGGCCAGGAGCAGCCAAGAGCAUAGUGCAACAUCAGAUCCUGUUACCUGCCCACCCUGGGGCCUCCCAAACAGCCUGCCAACAGUUUGCCCAAGGGUGCGUUUUGGUAUGUUACCAUACUGAUGCCACACUCAGCUGCACCUGGGCCAUGCUUGCAAACUUGGUGCCUGUACAGAUGAUGAAUCUACUUUGCAGGCCUUGUCUCAAAAUGCAAGGUAGACAUAACCACUAUGUCCUCCAGAGUCAGCUACUCUUCCACUAUAGCCAAUGUGAACAUUUGCAGCUAAUUGUGAACAGUUUUUAGAUCUUCAGUUAUAGUGUUUUUAUUAUCCAUGGAUGCUGCUAUUUUAUAUUCCAUGUUAGUCCUGAAAUAAUAUUGCAUAUGAAUAGCAUAGGAAGAAAUAGACCAACUAGUUAAAUAAUUUUAAAUACAGACCUCAUGAGCAAAGAAAAACUAGAAAAAAAACUUUGUAAAGUCUAACCCCUUGCACUUUCACAGUAGUGACCACAUCGUCUGUUUGAAAGUGAUUUUUUGAUGCUACAGUGUGUGCUACGUCUUAUUAAUUCACAGUUAUGUCCAUGAGAUGCUUUACAAAUGAGAGAGCAAGGGAACAAACAUAAUGACGAGCAGAGAUAAUGCAACUCUAGAUAAAUUUUCUUCAUCUGUUUGGGCAAUUGGAGUCCAAUUUUUAAUUAUUUAUAAUACUUUCUAAGUACAAGUUAAAUGUAUCACAGUAUAUUUUCUGCAGAUAAUGCAGUGUUAGCAACUUAAUCUCUCAUUUCAGUACUGUGUGUGCAGUUUAAAUGUGGCUUAGAAGGGGGAUAGUAAAGCGAUGAAACAGGCCUUUUUUGUGGGGGUUAGUGAAGCCAUAAUCUUGCAAGGAUCUACACCUUCAAGGAGCCAAAAUGGUGGAUUUGAGCAAGGAGUGCUUUUUUGUGUUAAGUACUAGCUAUCACAAUCUGGUUAAGCAGAAAAAAAACCCAUAAAGAGUACCUAGAGAUUUAAUAGUACCACUUCUGCCUACAAACAGUUCUGUCCUCUCUUUUUCCAUCACAAUCAUGGCAAAACUUCUUCACCAUCUGGAUGAUGGAAGUAAGUAUUAUUCAGUUGCUGAUAUUCUGUAAAACAGUGUAGAUCACUGUAUAAAUAGUGCUACUUGGACUCCUGCCUCUUCAGAAUGAAAAAUCUCAGAGAUGUACUUAGUUUCAGGAGCCUGGGAGAUCAGGGCAGCUCAGAGUCCUCCACUCAGCCCCAGAGUACUCAGUCCCAUGCCCUGAAAAAUAUAGCAACUGCUUAUCAAGUGGACAUUCUCACAAACAUUCCUCCUGUUGCAUUUGAUUUGAGGCAUCCCGAAGUCAACGUAGUUAGUCUGAUGUUUGAACGAUACACUUUUUAACACACUCCAUUUUCUUUGGCUGGAAUUAUUCUAUUGUAAAAGGGAUUAUUCAUGUCUUGUGUUUUACUGUAAUAAAGUUAUUUAUUAUUUGAGAAAACUCUUUCACUUGUUUCCUCCCCUUUUUUCUCUUUGAAGGAGAUUGGCCUUAAAAAGCUCUAGGUCUCUGUCUGACUCCUAAUGAUUUUGGGAACAGGAGCAUUUAGAAAGUCUUUAUUUAUACAAAUAAAUCUUAUGCAAGAGGAACCAGCAGUUUCACUCAUGAAGGGUCACAGGAUGAGACAACAUUUCCAGAAUAAUGGGAUGGUGAAGACGACAAAAAGGAUUGAAAAUUAUAGUGACAAAAAAUCGGGAUGUUACAAAGUACUUUAUAUGCAUCCUUCAUCUACUUUCCUGUAGUAGAUUUGAAGAUUCAAGAGGAUGUUUGGCUUAUUUCCAGAGACAGCACUGAUCAUAGCAGGCACUUAGCACUGCUUGUAAAGCACUGAGCACUGUUGCUGCCCUAUAACAAGCACUAGGUGUGGACCAGUGGAUUUGCACUAGUGGGAAGAUUUGCAGCUAUGCAGGUCCAGAACUGCUCCAGGAAAAACAUAGGUAUAGUAAUAAACAGUACCAGUCUUUGUUAUGAAAGUCAAAUGUUAAUCUUCCUACAAUUUACUAUUUGUGUUCUGUAAUAGAGGAAGCAAGGAAGUAGGAUGCAUAUGAUGGCCCUGGAACCACCUGGACACCUGCUGGGUCCA